ACAAUAUUUAACUUUGUCUUUAACAUUUUUUUAUUUAUUUCAUUUGGGACAAGACAGCACAUAACUAAGAAAGAUGGCAGCAUUACUGGGACGUACUGAAGUUGGUGUGAAGGAAUUUGGGAGGACGGUGACGAUCCCCGAUGACCCUAAAGCGAGCCUCAUGUACUAUCUUGACUGUAUCUGUGUCAUUCUCGACAUGAGCGCUACAGCAAACCUAACCAAGCUAAGGAACUAUAAACGAUAUUACAUGUUGACGGAGGCGGAGACGGAUGCCCUCGUGUCUCUUUGCUUUCUCCUUUCACCCGAUGAGCUCAACGGCAAGGUGAUAAUACAGGACGAUGCCAUGUGUGGGGACAGUUACAACGCAUUUUUCGAGAUCAGUGCGGUCCGCCACGAUCUAUUGGUGACAAACAGUAUCCUUAUAGGUGGACAACAGCGCGCAGUCUCGAAGAUCAUGGCAUACAGGCAUCUAUGGAUUUUAAACUACUGGACCACACCGAUGAAAGCGUUCGCAGGUCGCCUAGCAAGGAUCGCGGCCGGUAGUGCGGCACCUCAGCAAUGGCCAGCCACUACGUACAACCAACCAGCCACUGGACAACAGCGUAGCACAGACACCGGCGACGACUGCUGCUGUACAAUUCUUAAGAUUGGUUUCAUUAGAGCAUAG